UCCUUUCACUCUCUUUAUCCUAGACGUCCAAUAUCGUCAAAGUCGUCUGAUAGCAAUUCGUGGCCUAUUAAAACCUUAUUAAAAGAAUACGGUUAUAAAUUUUAUAUCUUGUGGAGAAAAUCGAAGUUUAUUUUAAGGAUUUGUAACAGCAAAAAAAAUUAAUUAUAUAAUCGUAGACAUAUUAAUAAAAAAAAAGAACAAAAAAUUAGUCGUUAGUUCGUUUUUAUUGUUUAUAUAAUCGGUCGAAAACUUGUGAUACAAAAUGGUUGUGAUAUUUUUCUAAGAAAAAGACUGGGCUUAAUUAUUACUAAUUAUUAUUACUGUAAAAAUAAUAAUUGCAAAGAAACGGACGUUAAGUUGAAGUGAAGGCGAACAGUUUUGGAGAUCUGCACUUCUCAACCAGACGACAUUACGAAGCUUCAACUCCCUUUGGAGUGAGCCGAGUAUGUGCUUGUGAUUAUCCUCCGGUGUGCCUGUGGUCUUGUGCGUCUUACGCCGUAGGGUAGCAGCCCCGUCCUUCGCGAUCCGAGGACACUUGACCGGCCUCAAGAUUAUCUCGACACCGUUGGACUUACGCUCCUCUUCGGGGGACCAGAUGUCGGCGGAUAUCCAACAGGCGGUCCUCAUCCAAAGGCCCGUCUUCAAGAUGAAUCCGGCGGCCGACUUCUGGCAGAGGGGACCGCCUUCGGCGAGCCCCCAGCUCAGCCCGGACACGCAGCAGCAGAACGGGCAACAGGAUUACGCGACGACUGUGACCCCGGCGACCACCACCACGGGGACGCAGCCUCAGCCGCAGGACCAGCUCCUCCAGAGGCAGUCCCCCGAGUGCCAGAAUCAACAGCAGCAACAGCCCCAGCCCCAACCGCAACAGCAGACGCAGCAGCAAUCCCAACAGACUCAGUCCUCCGUCGGUUCGCCUCACGAGCCGGCACAACACACCUCGCCGCCGAUCGUCCGAUCCCCACAAAACCACUUACAACAACAACAACAAUUACACCAACAACAAUUACAGCAGCAACACCAGCUCCAGGGGGUCCAGCAGAACCCGCAGGAGCUGCCGCAAGACCUCCAAGUCGCAUGUGUCAGCCCCUCGUUACAGCUCCCCGACCCGAAAGCCAUGACAGAGAAGUUAGUGAGCGAAUUACAGAAUCGGUCUGGGGUGAUAUCCGACCGGACUUUGGAAGAAUGCUGGAACGCCCUUCAAAGAAUAUUCAUGCGGAAGUCUGCGAUGCAGAUGCAUGCCCGGGAGUUGCAGCGGCCUCCGGAAGUGAAUAAACCCCACCAAUGCCAGCAGUGCCUCAAGUCUUUCUCGUCCAACCACCAGCUGGUCCAGCACAUAAGAGUCCACACUGGAGAGAAGCCGUACAAGUGUUCCUACUGCGAAAGGCGAUUCAAGCAGCUGUCACACGUCCAGCAGCAUACGAGGCUUCACACCGGAGAGAGGCCGUACCGGUGCCACUUGGCCGAGUGUGGCCGCGCCUUCAUCCAGCUGUCGAACCUGCAGCAGCACCUGAGGAACCACGACGCGCAGGUGGAGCGGGCCAAGAACCGGCCGUUCCACUGCACCAUCUGCGGUAAGGGGUUCGCGACGGAAAGCAGCCUCAGGACACAUACCACCAAGUGUCAACAAAGCCCAAGAACUGGUUGGGGUGAUGCGCAUUGUUUCUGGCCCUUCUCAGGCAAUCACAGGGACAUCGCGGAAGCUGAGCUGCGUGUGGAUGUGUUGCAGCAACAUGCAGCACUGAUAGGAGGCCCCAACACGACCUCGUGCCCGGUCUGUCACAAGAUUUUCCUUGGGACAGAGGCGCUGAUGGAUCACAUGAAGCAUUCGCACAAAGACCCCAACAACCCGACCGGACCAGUCACAGGCGCGGUGGGUUAUGGCGACAUGACGGUGAGCCCGUAUAUCGCGAAACGAAGGACGGCGAAUCACCCUUGCCCUGUCUGCGGAAAGCACUACGUGAACGAGGGCUCGCUGAGGAAACACUUGGCCUGCCACCCGGAGACUGCACAGUUUGCCACCUCCCUCAGGAUGUGGCCGUGUUCGGUCUGUCAGUCGGUCUUUACCCACGAAUCAGGUCUUUUGACUCACAUGGAGCAUAUGCGGAUGGAUCCCAAGCAUCAGUUCGCAGCUCAAUACGUCCUGUCGCGUGCGGCUGCAGAAAGGAGAGAAAGAGAGAGCCUGAUCGCCGCAGCGGCAGCCGGAGGACUCAACCUGGCUCUCACGGGAGCAGGCGUCCAGGCGGGAACUGGUCCCGGAGGACCAGGCGGUCAGCAAGGAGUUCCCAACCAGCAGCCGGGAUCGCCGUCGGCAGCGUCCGACAGCUCAUCCCAAGGUGGUGAAGGGAGACUGAGCUCGGCGGGAUCCGACACCGCCCCUAAUUCCACCUCACUCCUCCUGCAUAACAACAACAACAAUAAUAACACCGCAACCGCCAAACUCGCAGAGCUCAUGGCAGCGAGAUCAGCUGCAAAUUUACUAUGUUCAGGGCUAGUCGAGGCCGGAGGGAGUAAUGGACAUCCUUUCCUAAAUCAAGCUGCGAGUCAGUACAGUCCGGACGACCUCCAGCGUGCCGCAAACGCGCUGAUAGCCGUCGGCCAGCAGCAAGCGGCGGCCGCAGCUGCCGCGGCAAUGGGCUCUGCUGACAGCACCAGCCCCGCCGCGUCCGUCGUUCAAGUGGCCGCUGCCAAUUUCGCAGCCGCCGCAAUGCGAAUGAGCUCGGCGUCUCAACUGCAACAAAACCAACAAGUGCACAGUAACGGACAGGUGGGUUCCAAUGCGGACAGCAUGUCCUCGGCGAUGCAGCUGAUGAACGCGGCCGUACGAGCGUCGAUGACGUCCAUGGUCAUGGAGAACAACCACCAACUGCAAUCGCCUCAAGAGUCGCCGGCGGCGCUGAGGAUGCAGGAAGUCAUACUAAGGUCUCAGGCGGAAGCGGCAAUCCGGCUGGCUGUGACCCAGGCGGUAGUCGCGUCCACCUCCUCCGACAACGGGAUGCGAGGAGGUAACGGAAACGGAAACGCAGGGACUGGGAACGGGAGCCAGGGUAACCAAGGCGGCCAGAACACACCCGCCCCAACCCCUCAGUACCACCACACGGGGCAAGUCUCCCCUGACCUGACGGAGGCCCUCAGGCUCCAGGAACAGAGACUUGAACAGGCCUUAAGACUCCAUGGCGAUCCCAGAGCGUUAGGCUUCUCACUCUCAAACCCACCUCAACAUCAUAUUAACCCAUGAGGGUUCUCCUAUUUCUGAACUAGCUCUCUAACUGUAUAGUUAUUAUAUAUUUAGCCAAUAUUGUACAAAAAUGAACUAAUUGUUGUAUAUAUAUAAGUAUUAAGUCGGUGUGGACUGCUUUUUGCUGAAUGACCUGUUGGCGGGUGUAUUAUAAAUUCAAAUCCUCUAUUUGGGCAUUAUUAAUCAUUAAGGGUAUUUUAUAUUAUUGUGUAAAACUUAUGGAAUUUAUGGCUAGUUGGAUAUUAUUGUGGUUCAGGUAAUAAUGUAGAAAUUUUGACGGAUUGGUUUUUUUUUAAUAUAUAUACAUAUAUAUAAAGUGACGUUCCGGCUAGCUUGCCCCGUUCAACAGAAGCGGUCCACACCCAGGCCCCUUUCACUCCCCUGAAAAAAAAAAA